AUGCGUCCCACCCUGGACUCUUCCCUUGCGGACGUAUUUGUCUUCGCGACUGUCUCUGCAGAAUCUGCGCAGGUCCCACAACUGCUCUCUGCAGACAUCUCUGCAGACGUGAAGAUGAUCUUCAAGGAGAACGAAGCGUGGACGGUGAUCCUGACGAGAUCGCGAGCGGAGCAACUCGGACUGCAAUACAUCUUUCCAUGUCGUCAAAUCACUCUCAACGUUCACUCAAGUCUCGAUGCAGUCGGGUUCUUGGCUGCAGUGACGGCACGUCUGGCCAAGUUAGAGAUUGGUGUCAACCCUGUCAGCGCGUAUUUUCACGAUCACCUAUUUGUCCCAGAUGGCAAGGAACAUGCUGCCGUUGCUGAAUUGGAGAGAAUGGCAGCUGAGAGUGUAGACGGGAUAUCGUAG